AUGAUUAGUGACCAGAAUUUUAUAACCAGAAAUAUAAUUCAAUACUACCAUAACGUAUUUGGGAAGAAGAAGACCAGAGAGAGAAGUGUUGAUUAUGAUGUGUUGGCUAGAGGGGAAUAUGUGUCUGAAGAGGAUAAGGUAAAACUGUGCUUGCCUGUUUCAGAUAGUGAGACAAAGAAGGCUGUGUUUGAGAUAGGGUCUGAUAAAGCCCCUAGUGCUGAUGGUAUGGGAGCUUAUUUUUCAAGAAGAGUUGGCCAAUUGUCUAAGGGGAGAAAUGAUUGUGCAAUGAAAAUUGAUAUUAGAAAGGCCUAUGAUUCUGUGCAGUGGGAUUGUAUUGAGGAAGUUUUACUUGGCCUUAGAUUCCCCAAUGAAUUCAUUAAGUGGAUUAUGGUGUGUGUUAGAUCCCAUACCUUAUUUGUGAUGAUCAAUGGUAAGCCUGAGGGUUUCUUUACGGGACCUUGGGGCAUUAGAGCUUUAAAGACUAUGUGUGAUGACAAUUUCUCCUACCACUCUGGGUGCAAAAUUUUAAAGAUAAAGCAUAUGAGCUUUGCAGAUGAUCUAUUCAUUUUUUGUAAGAGUGAGAUUAGGAGUAUUAAGCAAAUUGCUAGAGUUCUGCAGCACUUCUAUGGAGUUUCUGGUUUGCAGAUUAAUGAACAAAAAAGUUGCAUAUACUUCAGUGGGGUGCAUGAGAGUGUGAAAAGUUGCAUUCUGAUGGAGAUGGGUUUUAUUGAGGGUACUUUGCCUAUUAAAUAUUUAGGUGUUCCCUUGAUCAGCAAAAGGCUAAGUAAAGAAGACUGCAAUGGACUGAUAGAGAAGAUCACUAAGAGAAUAUCCCACUGGACAGUGAGGCAUCUGAGCUAUGUGGUAGACUCCAAUCGGUGA